AUGGGAACGAGUAAGGAUGCGAUAAAUUCUACAAAGAAGAUGUUGAAUUCAAGUUUUGACAUGAAAGACUUAGGUCAAGCUGAUGUCAUAUUGGGAAUUCAAAUCAAAAGAAAUAAUGAUGGGUAUAUUCUUACUCAAUCCCAUUAUGCAGAAAAAAUUCUAAGAAAGUUUGGUCAAUUUGACUGCAAACCUGCUGUGACUCCUUUUGAUGUAAAUUGCAAGUUAAAAAAGAAUAGUGGAGAUGCAAUUUCCCAAUUGGAGUAUUCCCAAGUAAUUGGGAGCCUAAUGUAUUUAAUGAAUUCUACUAGGCCAGACUUAGCUUAUUCAGUAAGCAGGCUUAGUAGAUACACAAGCAAUCCUGGACAUGAUCAUUGGGAAGCACUAAUAAAGGUGCUAAGAUAUUUGAAAUACACCCAAGACUAUGGAUUGCACUACACUAGAUAUCCACCAGUUCUAGAAGGCUAUAGUGAUGCAAAUUGGAUUUCUGAUAGUACAGAAACCAAAUCAACUAGUGGAUAUGUAUUUACAUUAGGUGGAGCUGCAGUAUCUUGGAAAUCCUCUAAACAGACGUGUAUAGCACGCUCUACAAUGAAAUCAGAGUUUGUAGCCUUAGAUAAAGCUGCUGAAGAAGCAGAAUGGCUGAGAAACUUCCUAGAGGACAUUCCAAUGUGGCCUAAGCCUGUGACAGCAAUUUGUAUACAUUGUGAUAGUAUGGCAGCACAAGCAAGAGCCAAGAGUGGUGUAUACAAUGGAAAGUCAAGACAUAUCAGGCGACAUUGCAUCAAAUCUGCAAGCCUUUAUCUCAAAUUCAAUUGUGCCAAUUGCUUUGUAUUGGUGGACAAUGAAGGCUGCGAUAGUAUACUACUGAAAAUGCUGCAGCGAUACCUUCAGCUAAUCCCUAGGCCUUAUUUCCAAUACCAAUUCGAAAUUGUAACUCCUGGAAGGGAAAUUCCAGAGUGGUUCAGUAAUCAAAGUUUGGGAGAUUCCCUAACUGUGGAGCUACCUCUGGAUUCAUGUACCACGUGGAUGGGAAUUGCUUUAUGUGCUGUGUUUGAAGUUCAGGAUGUUCUUUCUAAAUUUCAUUGUUUUCAACUUAGCUGUUCCCAACAAGGAAUGUGGCCAUUUGGAUUUUCAAGAUAUUUUAAAAUGGGCGAUGUUGUGUCAGAUCACCUUUGGGCAAUUUAUGUAUCUUGUGAAAAAUUUAUGAAGAAAUGCGGUCAGAUAAAGGUUUUGUUAAGAGCUGAUUAUUUUAAUAAGGAAAUACGGAUACUCAAAAAAUCUUGCCCGAUUGUGAAGAAGUGUGCGUUUCGUUUGGUGCAUGAGCAAGAUGUGGAACAACUCAACCAAAUCAUGAUGAACAAAUCCAUCAUCAACAGCACUACUACUUGUCCUACCAAAUCAGCUGAUGCACAAGGUCAACAACGCCACGAUGACCAGGAGGCUAGUCCUAGUGGAAGUGGUAGCUCUCACCAAAAAUCUCCCUUUCGCAAUACCCAUGCUCUUUCCGAAGAGGCAGACCAAAAUGAAUUAAAUGAUGAUGAUGAUGAUGUUGUUGACGAAGCUCGGCCCAGAAAAAGAAAAAAGAUCGAUGUGUUUGGGACUGACCUAUGA